AGCUCAACAUGUACCAGUGCACGUGGUGCGUCCACGGCGCCGACAACGAGGCGCAGUUGCUCGCACAUUCGUCUGCCAAGCAUCCUGACAAGCCGCCCGCGGCGUACGUCCGGAUGAUCACUAAGAAGGACGGAUCAGAAGAAUACAGAGUGCUACCGCAAGUGUCAUUCAACAAGUCCAAAGCUCCCGUCGAAGAAAUUACACCUUCAGGCAAAGUGGACAACCCGGUCAGGGAGGCAGAAAGGUCCAUCGAGUUGGAGAAGCUUAUUGGAACAACGCAGCAGAUGAUGGAAAGCAUGGCCACCAUGACGCCUGUACAGCCCACCGCUGCGCCCUCGCCGCCUGAAGAAGAACCCGUGACUCAGGCUGUCAUCACCAGGAUCACUCCACCAGAACCUGAACCGGAGCCAGAACCGACGCCCGUCGAAACUCAACCAGAACAAACGCCCACACCUACCAGUCUAGAAGAAGAACGCAGCCGAAUGAAGACCCCGAUCCUCAAAACGGAACCAGAAGAACUCCCAACGCCUUCUAAAGACUUAUCCGGAGAUGUCGUGUACUGCCUCGAUAGCGACGAUGAGGAUCACGAGCCGGCGUCACACGUCAUCGACCUCUCAGAAGAAGAAGCCACGCCCACGCGCGUAUCGCCCUCCCCCCGCCCCUCUCCCUUCGCCAAAAUCUCCCAAAAAGAACUCUUCACUUGCCCCAAAUGCUUCGUAGCGUUCAAAAACAGCGGGGGCUUCAAGCGCCACACCAACAACUGCUUCGUGAUCGGAGUCGUGAAGUGCCCCCACUGCCCUAAAGAAGUCCUCAACAGAGACGAUCUGGUUUACCACUACGUACGCGACCAUGACGGCGAACAGGCCAGCCUCUGCGGCGUCUGCAAAGAAAGGUUCACCGCCAUAAACCUCGCGAAGAGACACAUGAAGCUCGCUCACAAGAUCUCCAAGAUGAUGGUCAGCAGCAACAAACUGCAGAACCAGAGGUUCAUGUAUACUAUCGUACCGCUGGCUCCUGAAAAGCCUGGGCCGAAGCCAGGAUCUGCGGAUAAAACUGACAAGCAAGCACCGAAGAGGAAAAUUAGCGGAACUGGUGGCGAACCUCCUGCGAAGAAGCGCUAUGGACCUCAAGAUGUAAAUCAGUUACCCAUCAACCCGAUUCUCGACGAAGCGGUGCAUUGCUCCGAGUGCGAAUUCAGCACCAAAGUGCGCCUGAAUAUGGUGCGGCAUCUACAAUUGCACGCGCAGCAGCAGCCCGCGCCGAACACUGCACCCGUCAACCCUGUCCCGCAUUUAGAAACCAAUGAGAUGCAUUUUGACAAGAUGGUCAACCUGGCCUCCAGCUCUAUCGUCACCCGUGGCCCUGAGAAGACUCCAACGACAGUAACCUCUCAAAUAACGCCGGAAGAAGCUGAGAAAUACCCCAAAUAUGUCCCAGAAAGACAGAGAUACGCGUGCGGCGCCAAAGACUGCUCGUACAUUUCACUCGAUGAAGCCAUGUUUAACCGCCACUGGAACACUCUCCACUCCACUCUACUUCAGUUCCACUGCGUGCAUUGCUCACGUAAUCUAUUCGAUGCGCGUCCGCUAACGUUUGAGCGCAUCAUGGAGCAUCUAAAAAUGCACGAAUCGUCAACUCUGUACGGGUGUUCCGCGUGUAUGUACUGCCAUUACAAGAGGGAUUCGGUGACGACGCAUCUUAGCACCGUGCACAGUAGAACCGGGAGGUUUAUUGUGAUUCGGGAGGAGGUGGAAACAAGCAGCCAGCAAACAGGCAGCCAACGAAUGGACUUGAAACUGUGGCAGUGUGGACUGUGUCCGUUUAAGAGUUUAUUACGGCCAGCGAUUGUGGAACAUUGCGGGAAGCAUCAUCAGUCUAAGAUGCAGUACAAGUGUGGGUGUUGUCCGUUCAAGGCGUCGUCCCUGGAGACGGUUCAGAAGCACCAGGGGAACUCUCACCCUGGGAGGACGGAGGAGGUGGUGCAUAUGUUCUACCAGGAAGGCGCGGUGCCGGAUGAACCGGAUGGCACGCCGCGUUGGCAGCGCCAGCGGCUAGGCGCCGGCAUUACGCAGGCUGAGACCGAGGUCAAACCCGAAAUAUCGGAUCUCACUCUAGCUCAGCUCAUCGCCUCGCCUCAAAAGCCGGUAUCUCCCACGCCCUUGCCUGCCGUAAACCUGAACAUAGUGAAGCAGGAGCUGACGGAUUCCUUCCCUGAUGAUGACGAGCCUCUGGACGCCCUCUGCCGGAAGUAUGGCCAGUUCUGCGAGCCCAAUGGCCUGAGCUAUAAAUGUCCGCUAUGCUCUACAGUCGAGAUCACCCAAGAGGCUAUGCAGUCGCAUCUGUUUGAGGAACUCAAGUAUAGGAGAUGGGAGUGCGCGAUGUGUUCGUACCGCGCGUUCCACGGCGCAGGACUAGCGGAGCACGUGGCAGCGGAGCACCGCGGCCGCCACAUGCCGCCUCGGGCUUUGCCCCGCGACAUGGCGGUUGAGAAGUGGGUCGCGGCGUUGUUACAGCACCAGGGAACGGCCAUUGCUAAUAACAAAGAUAACCUGUCCAAGCAGAAGAUCCUCACGGAACGUCCGCCAAAGCCGACCAAACCCGACACACCCGUGCCCGAAGAGCCGAAGCCGAAACCGACCAUGACGGAGUUGGAGAAGGCUUUCGGCCCGUUCGGCCAGCCCUGCAGCAUGAUGUACUGCUGCCCCAAGUGCUCCACCAAGAUUAAGGAUGAGGCCGCCAUGAGAGACCAUUUGGAGAGCGAGCUGACGAAGAUUAGAUGGCACUGCAGCCACUGCGCGGUGACCUUCCAGACGUACCACGAGGCGCAGUUCCAUUGCAAGAGCGCGCACCCGCGGCAGUCCGCGCGCCCGCGCGAGGCGGCACGCGACCCCGCGCUCCGCUCCGCUUGGCUCGCCGCUGCCUUGCAGGUAAUCUCCGCUAACAGAUCCGCUUCACUCUCACGAGACAGUUCCAUUGCAAGAGCGCGCACCCGCGGCAGUCCGCGCGCCCGCGCGAGGCGGCACGCGACCCCGCGCUCCGCUCCGCUUGGCUCGCCGCUGCCUUGCAGGUAAUCUCCGCUAACAGAU